CGCUAACGGCUUUUUGCGCAGGCUGCUUGUAUAGAACAACCACCUGGGUACGCAGCAAACAUUUUCUGUCCUUGUGAGAUAUCGUCCAGCACUCUUCUUAAACACAUACUGGCCUUCCUUCUACUUCCUUUGCACACCUCACAGCCACCAGAAACUCUGCAAAGACCCUUUAUCAUGCCCGCUCCGGGCUAUGUCUUCCGCGACGGAGGGGCCACUCCGCCUGCAGAAGAGAACCCAGACUCUGAAUUUCGCAAACGAAUCAACGAGGCCUCGAAACCAAUAACGGCAACGGACAAGGCUCCUCUGGGCCAAAACACUUCUACAAGCCACCAAUUGGCCACCGGUGCGGGUGAUCAUGAAGUAUUGGGUUCGGCUCAAAAGGCUGGUAGGGAAAAUCACACAACCAAUCUAGGAUGGCAAGCCAACGCUGUGGGUGUAGGGACUCUGGUGGGUGGACUGCCAAAUGAAGAUUUGUGGACGUUGGUGAGAAGGUUCAACAAGCAAAUGUACCAUGUGAAAGCCAUCCCGGAAGCACCACCAGGAGGAUUGGAUCUGAACAUUGCCGAAGAGGAUGAUUUCUCCCCUGACAAACUGCGCGCCAACAUUGAGCGACUGUACAUGACAGUUAUCGUUGGCUUCAUUGCUUUUGGAAAACACAUUGCAAGGCUGAGAUCAUGGCGUGAGCCACGUCGAACGGCUGGUUUCGCUGCAAUCUACUUCCUGGCAUGGAUCUUCGACUUUAUCGUUCCCACUAUAUUGGCAACCCUAAUCGUGCUGAUCACAGUGCCACGCUCACGCGACAUCCUCUUCCCUCCUGCGCCGAUUGCUCUCGUGAACCACAAAACAGGCGGUGUGCAGAAGCCGAAAGCAGGAGUACUAGGAAGUACUGAUAGUGUGACUGGUGCCCCGGAGAAAUACAAAGGCGAAGCUGUCGAACAGGAAGCGAGUAACCUCGUCAAUGGCAUUGCUUCGGUGGCCAUCUCAAGUGCCGCCGGUCGUCAUGAUCAAUCAAACCCAGAUGACGAAGGUGGCAGCAAGACUCUGGACAGUGGUAUGCCUGACCCGACAAAGAUUGCGACCAGCGCUGCCGAUGCUUCUUCCGCUGCGCAGGGUGGUACUCCAGAGAAAGCUCAUGACAAGACCAAGCAACCUAUGGAGGCAGCUGUUUGGGCCAAGAUGCGUCCUGCCAUGCACGCCAUUGGGGAUAUCUCGGAUGGCUGGGAGCGUUUAGCCAAUGCUUUGUCUCCUACACCACCAUUUGAGCAGAAUAAGCGCCUUCAACUAGGUGCCAUCUUCGUCCCGCUUCUGUUACUCUCGUUGUUUGUCAAGUCACAGUGGGUUGUCAAGGGCACCACGUUCUUUACCGGGUUUGCUUUUUUCUCUGAUCCAUUGAUGCAACGAGGUAUUGCGCUUUUGAACGAGAAGAUUCCCGACUGGCCAAAGUAUCUGGAAAUUCGCAACACGCUGCUCAAAGGCGUACCGACCAAUGCACAGCUUACCGUCACCUUGCUUCGAAUUGGUGAAGCCAACCGAGCUCCAUUGCCUCCCCCACCAAAAUCUCAGCAACCCCCUCCCGACAAGCCAGCAGACGAUGUCGACAAACAUGCAAUUACCGAUGGUGGACUCGACGCCACACAAUCUGAAAUCGAAGAUGCUAUCACGGUGGAUCAGCCGAGCGGAGAAGAAGCCGCGGAGGGUGAAGAUCAAAAGAAGAAAAAGGGAGGUUUCGGGGCCAAGCUCAUGUCUGCAUUCAAACAUACCACAGCUGGGGGAGUCGAAACGAAACUCGCGACAGACUCUGCCCGAGCUGCUCUUGGAUCUCAUCAUGCCAAGGAAAAGUUGGGUGUGUUGCCUUCACGAGAUGAGAUGAAGCAGAAGCCUGUUGAAGGGCCGGUGGAAUUCAAAGGACGAUACAAUGGCCGCAAGGGUGCUGUGUACGUGGACAGUAAGGUGUCACCAGCAAAAGGCCACAGACCGGCGUCGCCAUGUGUGUAUUUCACCACCCACCUUGAUGGAGACGAAGGCGUCGAGAGCAUGCCACGAGAGCCCGACUGGGCCGUUUCGAUACCUGACAUCAUUGAGAUCAAAAAGAUUGGAGGUCUUGGUUGGAAAGGCAAGAUAGUGGUCGGAUGGGCCACGAGCAGAGAAGUCAAAGAUGGAAUUGAAAUUGUGACCAAGGACGGCAAGAAAUAUCGUGCGAUGGCGCUCAGUGAGAGAGAUGAACUGUUCAAUCGGCUUGUGGCCAUGGGACAACAAGUAUGGGAGAGUUACUAGACUGAUUUCCCAAGUCUGGGGAGGGGUACAAUUGUAUGAUACCAACCUUGAUGUUUUGUUUUGUACCAUUAGUUAGUUAGUUAGUUACGCGGUAUGAGCAUACGAAGGAUAUCUGACAAAAUCAA